GCGGAAGUACAACCGGAAGCUCUCAUUUGGGGGCUAGGUCCUUUUUCCCGGACGCUUUACCGGUGUGUUGUUUUUUUGGCCGGGGCAAAACGGCCGGCCCCCCUCCCUUGCGAGGAUGUUCUUGGCCUCGCGCGGGUGGGGGUGGCGCCUCGGGGUGCUCUGGCUACUCGCCUUCCUUGCAGCAGCAGAAACAGAUGAAACUUCUGACGUGCUAUCAGAAGAGCUAAGUGAAACUUCCCUACCAUUAAAUCUGGAAAGCACUUCUGUCCAGUCAAGCAGUGAUGGACACAGAGAAUCGGUACAAUAUAGGACUGCAGAAAUUGCUGAUGCUAUGAUGAGUGGUAGCCUUCUUGCGGACCGUCAUGUUGUAUUGUCAGUUAUUCCAAGCGACACAACGGCACAUCUCUCUGAAGCAGAUACUGGUACUUGUGAUGCAUCAGCAGAUGGUGAAUGCCGUACAAAUAACAUGGCAUCUGUAUCUCAGCAAGUGUCUCAUGCACAAGAGCCAAUGGUACAUCCAGCAGUAGUGCUAGAAGCAGUGCAUCCUUCAUCAGCAGAGGACUCAAAUAACACAGAUGGUAUGAAAACCCCAAAAGUGAACUGUGAAGAAAGAAACAUUACAGGAAUGACAAAUUUCACAUUACAGAUUUUGAAUAUUUCACAAGAUUUAAUGGAAUUUUUAAAUCCAAAUGGCAGUGACUGCACCUUGGUCUUAUUUUAUACCCCUUGGUGUCGUUUUUCUGCCAAUUUGGCUCCUCAUUUUAAUUGUCUGCCACGAGUGUUCCCAGCACUAAAUUUCUUGGCCUUGGAUGCCUCCCAACAUAGCAGUUUAUCAACUCGCUUUGGAACUGUGGCUGUUCCUAACAUCCUCCUUUUUCAAGGUGCUAAACCAAUGGCAAGAUUUAACCAUACAGAUAGAACUCUGGAAACACUGAAAGCAUUUAUUUUUAAUCAGACCGGUAUACAACCUAAAUCUGAUGUGAUGGUGAGCACGGAAGACCAUGUUGGUCCCCUGCCUAGCACACAGAGUAAAGGAAUAGAUUGGCUCCUCUUGUUUUCUUUAUUGUUUCUUAUCAGUUUCAUCAUGUAUGCUACUAUUCAGACAGAGAGCAUCCGUUGGUUAAUACCUGGUCACGAUCAGGAGCAUCAGGAGUGAUAUGUGAUUUCAGUACUGUCUGCUUUCAGAAUAAGUUGAUAAACAUGUGAAUUCCUCAAUGUCUUGUGAAGUCGAGUCCUGUUACAUUUAUUGUAUAUUAAAAAUGGCACAUGAUUCAGAAGAAAUUUCUUAAUGUAAACAAUGAACACUGUAGUUGUUAAUUAAAUGUUGAUGGGCAGCUUUACCCUAUAGAAUCUAUACUCUGCAGAAUCCAUUUUAAUGGAAAUGAAAAAAUACACACACAGAGACACACAUACGCCUGAUAAUCUUGAUAGAGUGAAUAUAUUUCUGUUUCCUAUUUUAUAAGUUCUUACAUACUUUGAAAAUAAUUGCAGGUGUGUAAGAUUGUAGAAAGAAAAUAACAUAUUUAAGUGGUAAUUGGGUUUAGAAACAUCUUGGCUUUAAUGAGGUACACUUUUUGAAAAUUGAAUGCAAUUUAAUAAAUGUAUAAGUUACUGACACCUUCAUAUUUGUGCUUUGAUCACAGUAUUUGAUUAAAGUGGUUAGAAUUAAGAAAACAUUUAAUAGGUCCUAAUCUUCAUGUCAUUUAUACUGGAAACUAAGACAUAGUUCAGUAUUUUAAAAG